UUGAAAGUUGAGGUAGUGAGGAGGGGGUGGAUAAGUGCCAGGUGUAGCCUGAGGCAUCAGGUGUGCAUGCAGAGACUGAGGCAGAGCAAAAGAGGAGAAGAGGAGCUGCAACCAGAUGAAUGAGAUCCGAAGCAGCGGACAUGUGAUAAGGGGAGCGUAGGACAGUGCUGGUUCUAUUACAGCAUGUGUAUGUUGAGAUCAGACAUGAGGACGACCGGAGGGAGAACCAACCUGUGUCUGCAAGUGGAUGGAAUGAUAGAAGACAAUGUGUCUGGAGAAGAAAUGCUCACAUUAGUUUUUCUUUGGAUUUAUGUAUGAGGGGUGAUCCUCGACGCUGCUGGACCAUGACUGUCAAGCAGGGAAGGCAGUGGAGGUCCAUGUGCAAAGGCCUGGUGCUGGGCACCCUGCUGACCAGCUGCAUGAUCCUGCUCUACUGCCUCUCCACUCCACAGAUCCACUUCAAUCUGCCCGAAGUUCCAGUGCCCUACUCCUGCGCCCACCGUCCGUCCCAGCUCCAGACCAAACCAACCACAAACAGCUCACACCAGGCCCAUGGCCCGGCCUGCGCUCCUAAAGUGGAUAUCAUGUUCAUGAAGACCCACAAAACCGCCAGCAGCACCUUCCUCAACAUCCUGUUCCGCUUUGGGGAGAAACACCGGCUCAAGUUUGCCUUCCCUGACAGCAGGAAUGACUUCUUCUACCCGUCUCUCUUUGAGCGCUCCCAUGUAAAAGACUACAGACCUGGGAUGUGUUUCAACGUUAUCUGUAAUCAUUUGCGCUUCAAUGCAGCCGAGGUGGCCAAGUUGCUGCCCACGGACACUUCGUACAUCACUAUCCUGCGAGACCCUGCAGAGCUGUUUGAGUCGUCCUUCCACUACUUUGGCCGGCUGGUGCCUUUUACCUGGAGGAUACCGGGUGAUGACAAGCUGACUGAGUUCCUACGUGACCCGCUCUACUACUUUGAUCCAGAGGGCUUCAACUCUUUCUACCUCAAGAACCUGCUGUUCUUUGACUUUGGCCAGGACAACACUCUGCAGCCGGACGAUCCGCGGGUCGAAGAAGGAAUCAAGUUCAUCACUGACCGUUUUCAGCUGGUCAUGUUGGUGGAACACUUUGAGGAAUCACUCAUCCUCCUCAAGGAAACCCUCUGCUGGGAGAUGGAUGAUUUGCUCUUCUUCAAGCUCAACGCCCGCAAGGGAUCCACGGUGUCGAAACUGACCCCUGAGCUGAGGGUCAGGGCCCUUGAGUGGAACGCUAUUGACUGGAAGCUGUACCAGCAUUUCAACCAGACUUUUUGGAAGAAAGCAGAUGCAUAUGGACGGCGGCGGAUGGCUGAGGAGGUGGCAGAGCUCAGGAGGAGGAACGCAGCGAUGACUUCUAUCUGCAUUGAGGGGGGCCAUGCUGUGGAAGCUGGCAGCAUCCAGGAGACAGACAUGCAGCCCUGGCAACCCAUCGGAGAGAAGUCGAUCAUGGGCUAUAACCUGAAGAAGAAUGUGGAUAAGGCUCAUCAGAAACUGUGUCGUAAGAUGUUGAUGCCAGAGCUUCAAUACUUGACAGAGCUAGGGGUGAACCUGUGGAUCACCAGGCUGUGGGGCCAUGUACGAGAUGUCAUUAACUGGUGAGUGGACGAGAGUGAGAGGGGCCCACUGAACUUUGACAGACCGGAUAGCAAAAAAAAAGAGAUCUGCUACGCUCUCUGUCUCACUUCAUUGUAAAUGAAUUUGCAUUUCACACGAUUGUGCACUGUAAUAGUAUCUGAUUGGUGCUUGAGAACAAAAUACUGGUGACCACACAAUCUAUAUUUACAGAGCCGGUUUGUUUCUUGUAUUGUCCGCUGUGUCGACUCAAACAUUAGAAUGUUCUUCUUCUCACAAGUGAGCUUGUUCUACGGUUUUGGUUGAGUGAACUGUGAUGUUCAAAAGCCCUUUGAUUGAAUGAAGACCCAUUGUUACCAUCUAAGUAGAAAGUUAUUUGAAGACAUGAACAAAACUAAGGGCUGAAAAAUACAGAUGUGAAAAUAGUGAAUGUAAGUAUUCUAUCCCACUUUACUGCCCAUGGAGGACAAAAUCAGCCAUCAUUUAAAUUGUAGAUGAGCAAACCUAACCCUUUCUAAUAGCACUUGUCACUUGUUAUAACAACAGCGAAAUCAGAGGUGCAACUUUAUGUCAUGUUAUGUUAUUAAAUAUAUUAUUACAAAAUAUAAUAAGCCAUGAAAGGUAAAUCUUAUUUAGAAAGCCACUGGGAUGAUGAAAGUGUUAAACACCAUGUACAUGUUUUGACACAGCCUCCUAAUCAGUGUCUGUGAAAUUAAGGAAUUCAAGUGAGAUAUAAAUAGAUGUUCUUUCCUGAUAAAGCGCUGCAUUGGUCAUAUAUCUCUUGAUUCGUGUCCACUCACCUACAUAGUUUUUUCUUUAUUUAAUAUUUUGUUUAAACAGUUUAUUUAAUAAUGAAUUAAACUGUUGAUUUAUUUACCUGUAUUUUACUGAUUUUGUUCUCCAUUGCUACCGGUAAUACAGUAUAUGAUAAUCUUUGUAUCCUCAAAAUAAAUGGAUUACUACAUGUAAUACUGUAUGUCUCAAAUGUCUGAUUCAUUAAAAUCGACAGCUUCCUCUCUU